AAAUUUAUAAUGAAAAUUAAUAAAAAUCUUCUCAUUGCAUUUACAGAACGUAGCACAACAACAAAAUGGAACAAAUGGAUAUGGAAUUGAAGAAAGCAUUCACCGAAAUGCAAAUCAAUAAAAUUGAGACCACGAAAAAAAUCAACAUGAUCGAUAUGAAGUGUGAUAUGGUCAAAACCGGCAAACAAAAAUAUCAGCUGACAGAAAAGGGUACCAGUGAUUUAACCGAUGAUACAAGGGUAUAUUUAUCGGUGGGCCGCAUGUUCGUCCUGACCAAUGUCAACGAUAUGCGCGGUGAUCUCAAAGCCAAACAAGAAAAAUGUGAUAAAGCAAUUGAUUUGCUUAGCAAAAAGAAGGAAUUCUUGCUGAAAUCAUUAAAGGAUCAAGAGGAUGGCCUACGCGAACUGGUGCAACAGCGUAAAGAAGCCGAGGCAGCCAAAUAGAUGAUAG